AAUCUCUGUAUUCAAUUCAUCUUUCUUCACUCGAAUAACGGAUUAGAGAUUCUCUCUACGUUACGGGUUUUAAAUGGUGACCGUUUCUGGAGAUUCAUUGCAGAUCUGAAUAGAAGGAUGAUAUGAUCACAAACCCAGAAUCUCAAAAUCUGAUUUUUAUUCCGAUUUGUUGAUCAUCAUCAUGUCGACGACUCAUGGCGUGGAACAUGUUGGUUUACCAACGAAAAUGGAAGCUACGAAAUCGAAACAAGGUUGUUGCAACCCGGUUAAGAAACCCGGACCGGUUUCAAUGGAUCAUGUUCUCUUAGCUCUCCGUGAGACGAGAGAAGAGCGAGAUUUACGAAUCAGGAGCUUGUUCAAUUUCUUCGAUUCUGAGAAUGUUGGUUACUUAGAUUGUGCUCAAAUCGAGAAGGGUUUGUGUGCGCUUCAAAUCCCAAGUGGGUAUAAAUACGCUAAGGAGUUGUUUAGGGUUUGUGAUGCGAAUCGAGAUGGGCGUGUUGAUUAUCAUGAGUUUCGUAGAUAUAUGGAUGAUAAGGAGCUUGAAUUGUAUAGAAUCUUUCAAGCUAUUGAUGUUGAGCAUAAUGGUUGCAUUUCUCCUGAGGGGCUAUGGGAUUCGCUCGUUAAGGCUGGGAUUGAGAUAAAUGAUGAGGAGCUUGCUCGUUUUGUGGAACAUGUUGACAAGGACAAUGAUGGAAUUAUAAUGUUUGAAGAAUGGAGAGAUUUUCUUUUGCUGUACCCUCAUGAAGCUACCAUUGAAAAUAUAUACCAUCACUGGGAAAGAGUAUGCCUUGUAGAUAUUGGAGAACAAGCUGUUAUUCCGGAAGGCAUCAGCAAACAUGUAAAGAGGAGCAACUAUUUCAUCGCAGGUGGCAUAGCUGGUGCAGCUUCUAGGAGUGCUACUGCACCUCUAGAUCGCUUAAAAGUUCUUUUGCAAAUUCAGAAAACUGAUGCUAAAAUCCGAGAAGCCAUAAAGUUGAUAUGGAAGCAGGAUGGAGUUAGGGGUUUUUUUCGAGGUAACGGGUUGAAUAUUGUGAAGGUAGCACCAGAGAGUGCCAUCAAGUUCUAUGCAUAUGAGCUUUUCAAAAACGCUAUUGGUGAAUACAUGGGUGAAGACAAAGCAGAUAUAGGCACAACAGCUAGACUUUUUGCUGGAGGUAUGGCUGGUGCAGUGGCUCAAGCCUCUAUAUACCCUUUGGAUCUUGUGAAAACUCGGUUGCAGACUUGCACAAGCCAAGCAGGUGUUGUUGUUCCCAGGCUUGGAACGCUCACCAAAGACAUACUGGUUCAUGAGGGUCCACGCGCCUUUUACAAAGGUCUUUUCCCUUCUCUUCUCGGGAUUAUUCCAUAUGCGGGUAUUGACCUUGCUGCGUAUGAAACAUUAAAGGACUUGUCCAGGACAUAUAUUCUUCAAGACGCUGAACCAGGUCCGCUCGUGCAACUAGGAUGCGGAACAAUCUCAGGAGCUCUUGGAGCAACCUGUGUUUAUCCUUUGCAGGUUGUGAGAACAAGAAUGCAAGCGGAACGAGCAAGAACCUCCAUGUCAGGAGUAUUCAGGAGAACAAUAAGUGAAGAAGGUUACAGAGCACUCUACAAAGGGCUUCUACCGAACCUUCUAAAGGUUGUUCCUGCUGCAAGCAUUACAUAUAUGGUUUACGAAGCAAUGAAAAAGAGUCUAGAACUUGAUUGAUUAGUGGUUUCACUUCAUUUUGAUAUUGACGAAAAAACGGGAAUAAUAAAAGGAGAACCUCUAAAACUAGGUUAUUUUUAACAUACUUAAUUCUUCUAAACAUCAUUUGUAUGAGAUAAUACUAUAAGAUUCUUGUUUCCCCAAACCUUCAAUUUUUUUGUCAAGUGUAGAAAGCUCUCUUUACUUUUUGAGUUCUUAGCUGAGAAAUUUGUAGUGAUGCUUCUUGACUUUUGCUUUGAUGAUUCCAAUUGUGAUCUAUAAGGCAAUAUAAAUAAUAGAGGUUCCU